GUGGCAUGAAAACAGCUGACUAUUUAUUAUUUACGCGUUUAAAGUGGUCUAAAAAGAAACGCUGUAGACACAUUAAUUUUCCAAUUGUUCUAGAAAAUAUUGAAAUAAUUUUAAUUUGUAUUCCAAUUAAUGAUGUUUGGAUUAAUUAUCUCAGGACGUUUGCCGCAAACUGACUUCACGCCGGUAGAUGAAAAUAAAGUCGUAAUAAAUGUGCCAGACAUAGAUCAUGUUAACUAUAUUGUUGUGUUUUUAACUGGAUUGACAGCGCUUCCUGAAGGAACAGCAGCUGCGGUUUACUUUAGCUGGCCUGAUGCAAAUUCAGCUCCUACAUGGCAAUACCUUGGUCACAUUUCAAACGCUAAACCAUCAGCGAUUUUCAAAAUAUCGCAGUUAAAGAAAAGCCAUGAACUGGAAGCAGCGGAGCAUGGUAUGAGUUUUGGUGCGCAAGAGAUUUCCCACACAGCGCAAAUAGGUAUAUCCGUGGAACCUGAACUUACAAUUUCUCAGUUGACUCCUGCGGUGCAAAAUGCUAAUGCAAAUCUGCAGUUCAGUCAAAAAAUGUUAGAAAAUUUUUUCAACUAUGCGUCCAGUUUUACGGUGACUCCACAGCAAAUUCCGGCAAUGAGUAGCGAAACGCUUGUGCCCCUAUCAACUUUGCAGAAUUGGUACACAAAUUUUCAGAGACGGAUGGCUCAAAAUCCAAAUUUCUGGAAGUAUUGACUUCCAAGUCCCCGCCAAUAAACAUUUC